AAGUAUAUAUCUGAGGUGGAGGCAAACAUUUGUCCCAAAUGGUUACAUAUCUGAAUCUGAAAUUCCCACUCAUCUCUCCCAUAACGAGUUUUAUAUGCAAGGUGUGGAUAAGCGGAGACAGUCAGUGAUCGUCCUAUUUGGUAGUAGACAUAAGCCUGGUGGCAAAGGAAGUCUGGAGGAAUUCAAGCGCUAUUGUGUUUAUUGUCUGGACAAAAUAUGUGCAAGAAUCCCGGAGGGACAGAAAAAGUUUGUUGCAAUUGCUGAGCUUGAAGGAUGGGGAUAUUCCAAUUGCGAUAUUCAUGUGGAUACCUAGCAAUUCUAUCAAUCUUGCAGAUAGUUUUUGUCAAGAACAAGAAGCUGAAAUCAACCCUACUUUGUGACACUGAUGAGUGCCAGCUCCCAGACACACAUGGAGGCAAAACUAUACCAUGCAGGACUGCUAAGUGCCAACUUGUUUCCUUUAGUUUCUCCUUAAUGCCACAAGAAUUUUAGGUAUAGCUAGAGAAACAUAUAUAAGGUUUGAAUAACCAUAUUUUACAUCU